AUGGCUACUCCAAGCAAUCAGGCAGCAUGGAUCAAUGAGAAGAACGCCAAACCCCUCGAAGUCAAAGAAGCUCCCUACACGAAACCCGCGGCCAACGAGCUCGUUAUCAAGAAUGCUGCCGUUGCCAUAAACCCCAUGGACUGGAUGCUCCAGGAAACUGGCCAUCUCGCAUUCACCUGGAUCAAAUACCCAUUCGUGCUGGGCGCCGAUAUGGCCGGAGAAGUAGUCGAGGUGGGCAGUGAAGUGACGCGAUUCAAACCCGGGGACCGCGUCUUAGCUAUGGGUUGUGGAUCGGAUCAGGACCGCAACAAUGCCGCUGAGGGAGCCUUCCAGAAAUAUGCCGUUGUGUUGGAUAACUUCGCCUCGCCUAUUCCGUCUACUUUGUCCUUCACAGACGCCGCUGUUCUGCCGCUUGGUGUGUCUACUGCGGCAGCUGGACUUUUCCAGGAGGAUUUCCUCAAUUUGCAGUUGCCUACUGUGCCGCCACAGGCACCAACUGGCAAAGCGCUUUUGAUCUGGGGAGGGUCCACCAGCGUUGGCAGUAACGCAAUCCAACUCGCGGCUGCCGCUGGGUAUGAAGUAUUCACUACAGCCUCGCCCAAGAAUUUUGACUACGUCAAGAAGCUCGGCGCCUCUCAAGCAUUCGACUACAACUCCAAGACGGUCGUCAAGGACCUUGUCGCAGCUCUUAAAGAUAAGACGGUCGCCGGCGCUUACGCGAUCGGCGUUGGCUCCCUAUCCCUCUGCGUGGAUGUCAUCAGCAAGACCAAGGGCGUCAAAUUCGUCACCGACGUCGGAUCAACCGAUAUCCCCACGGACAAGAAAUUGGCCGGAUUCACGCUCAUUCCGUUCUUGCUCGGUACGAUGAGCCGUGGUGCGGCGCUCUGGGUGAAGACAAAGCGUACCGGCGUUCGUACCAAGUUUGUCUACGCCAGCGACAUCAAGAAGAACUCGGUAUCCAAAUCUAUCUACGUUGAUUUCCUUCCUCAGGCCUUGGCUGAGGGUCGUUAUCUUGCUGCCCCUGAACCCCAGGUUGUCGGCCAUGGAUUGGAGAACAUACAGGAGGCAUUCGAGCAGUUGAAGAAGGGUGUCUCUGCUAAGAAAUUGGUUGUCACCUUGUAA